GGCAGACGGCGCCCCGUCAAUUUGGUCGGGUCACGGCAGCAACCCUAGCUGACGCCGCGGUGAGAGCGAGCCGAGCCCCCACCCCCCACAGCCAGCAGGAGCUCGGGCCCGUGAGGAGCCACCGCGCCACGCCACCAGAAAAUUCCCUCCCCCUUCCCCUCUCCCUCCCCCUCCCCCUCCCCACGCGGUGCUGCUCCCCCCAAAAUUCCCCACCCCUCCGCCCCGCCGUCCCACCCCCGCCCCCGCGGCCACCGCCAUGCGCAUCCGGCGCUACGCCGCGCGCCUGCUCGCCAACUCGGCCCCCGCUGCCGCCUCCGCGGCCCCGCCCCAGCCCGCGCCCUGGCUCCACGCCGCCGCCGACGACUGCGCCAUCUGCGAGCUCACCCGCGGCUCCGACCCGCAGGUUGCUCCGGACGGGGUUAAGCACAAGGGGCACAUUGCCGGCCUGGAGCCGGAGGGCGAGCUGCUCAAGAGCGACGAGGACCACCGCGCCCGCCUACCUCAGCGACCUCCUGUCCUGGAAGCUCAAGAAUGCGAGGUAGACCAUGACAUCUCUGUGAGUAAAGGUUCUGCGAGUCCGGAAGCUAUGGAGGAGACUACUCUUGUCAGGGAAGCUGCUACUGAGCCGGUAGUUAUGGAAGGAGCCCAUGUUGUUGAUGAAGCUACUGCUGAGCAGGAGGUUGGAGUGGCAACUCCUCUUGCGAAUGGCUCUGUCACCAACCCGGAGGUUACUGGGGGAGCUUCUCUUGUGAUUGUGAGUGGAUCGAUCACUGAGACAGAAGUUAUGAGUGGAGUUUCUCUUGCUAAUGAAGCUGUUGGGGGGCGAGAAGUUUCAACGGGAGUUUCUCUUGUGAGUGGAUCGAUUGCCGAGCCAGAAGUUAUAAGUGGAGCUUCUCUCGCCGAUGAAGCUGUUGCUGAGACAGAAGUUUCAGGGGGACUUUGUCUUGUGAGUGAAGCUGCAACUGAGGCAGCAGAUGUAGCCACCUCAUCAGGAAUUACAACCGGGGCUCCCCUUGACAACAAAGGCGUUGCAGAUCCAGAUACUGAAAUGGGAGCUCCUACCAUCCAUUUAUCUGCUUAUGAAGCUGCAACUGAGGCAGCAGAUGUAGCCAUGGCGUUGGAAGUUACAACUGGAGCUCCCCUUGACAACAAAGGUGUCGCAGAGCAAGAUAUUGAAAUGGGCGCUUCUCCUGUUGACGAAUCUGCUUCUGAAGCUGCAACUGAGGCGGCAGAUUUAGUCACCACACCAGGAGCUCCCCUCGACAACCAAGGUGUUGCAGAGCCAGAUAUUAAAAUGGGAGCUUCUCCUGUCAAUGAAUGUGCUGCUAAAACUGCAACUGAGGCUGCAGAUGUAGUCGCCGCUCUGAGAGUGACAACUGUAGCUUCCUUUGACAACAAAGGUGUUGCACAGCCAGAUAUUAAAAUGGAAGCUUCUCCUGCCAAUGAUUCUGCUGCUGAAAUGGCUUUUGUACACUCAUGUUCCCUUGUUACUGAAGCUGCAACUCAUCCAGGACUACCAGAAAGAGUUUCUCUUGCUAAUGGAGCUGCUACUGAGCGAGAGGCUUCAGAGGCAGGUUCACUUGUGAGUGAACCUGCAGCUGAGGCAGCAGAUGUAGUCACCGCAUUGGAAGUUACAACUGGAGCUCCCCUUGACAAUGAAGGCACUGCAGAACCAGAAAUUAAAAUUGGACCUUCUUUUGCGAAUGAAUCUACUGCUGAAAUGGAUUCAGUACUGUUAGGUUCACUUGUUACUGAAGCUACAACUCAUCCUGGACUUAUAGGAAGAGUUUCUCUUGUCACUGAGACAGGAGUUACAGGAGGUGCUAACCUCGACACUGAAGUUUCCAUCGAACCAGAAGAUACAGGUCGUCCUUCUCUUUUAAAUGAAUCUACCGAAUUGGAAAUUACACGGGGAGUUUCUAUUGCUACCGAUGCUGCUUCAGAACCAGAAGUUACUGGCCAAGCUUGUAGUGGAGAUGGUGAUGCUGCUUUAAAUGAGCCAGAAACUCUUGACUGCGAUUUGGAUAGUGCCAAUGUGCAGAUUGAAAAUGCAGGAGAGUCUGUUGCCACCGAAGUGCAACCUUCUAGAGACGACAAGGGAGAUGUUGGUUAUGUGAAUGCCAUGAGCACUUGUCCUGUUACAGACAAGAGUCUAGCUUUUGAUGAAGUAAUACCACAGGAUGACGCACCCGGUGUUUCAUGUGCAUCAGGCGUAGUUGUUAGAAGUGUUGGUAAAUCAGGGAGAUCUGAUGUCAUAUGUUAUGCUAGGCGCAGAGGUAAAAGAAAGCUGGAUAUGGAAGAAACAAAGACAGACCAACUUGAAAUGGGUGAUGGUGACAUCUAUGGUCAGUGUGAGGAAAAGGCGACAUUUGACAUAACUGUUCCUUGUGAGAGUGCGAUGUCGACCGCUGAAUCUGCAGACAUUAAACUCGCCGACAUAAAGAGAGGUCUUGUGGACAAUUCAGCCUCAAGCAAGGGUAAAAAGCGGAAGGGACGAUUUGAAUGUGACAUUGACUACUGCCACAUGACAUUCAAGAAAAGAGCCGAACUUUCUGUCCACAAGAAGAACAUGUGCACGAUCAAGUCAUGCGGCAAACAUUUUCGAUCCCACAAGUAUCUGAGACGCCACCAGAGCAUUCACAACGAGGAGGCACCUUACAAGUGUCCAUGGGAAGGUUGCAGUAUGGCUUUCAAGUGGACAUGGGCUCUGGCUGAUCAUUUCCAAGUUCAUACAGGGGAAAAGCCCUAUAAAUGCAGGACGCCUGGGUGUAGCAAGAUAUAUAAGUAUGUUUCAGACUUUACCCGGCAUAGGAUGAGGUGCAAAGCGCAGAGGUAAAAUCUUGCUCAACAUUGCAGAGUUAGGAUAGGAGUAAAGCCCGUGCUUGCCACUGUAGAUGGUUUUAUUAUUUGUUGGAAGUUCCUUGGGCCAAUUGUUCUGAGUUCUGACAACUUACAGCGGGAUUGUUGUUUCUUUAUUGGAGAAAAAAUGUCACAAUCUUUAGUUUAGAAGCUUUAACUAUGCUUUUCUCUAACAUCGGUGUACAUUUCCAAAAGCUGUUUGAUAAGAUCCACAGUGUUUGUUUCUUACAGUGGUGAUGUCUGUUCUUCACAGGGGUGAUAUAUCAAAUCCAAGAGUUGUAAAUAAGAAGUUGUUUUUAUUCUGUUUCAGGAUACUA